AUGAUAAAUCAAUUACAAAAAAUAGCUAAGAAUUCAUUCGAAAGAAGUGAUGAUGUACCUGAUUGUUACAAUCGAGUUCGUUAUAUUCCAGAUUCUUGUAAAGUAUUGUUUGAUCUUUGGAAAAUAGAUAAAGAUUUUUCAACUGUUCGUCAAACAAUGACUGAAGUAAGAAAUAAUUAUGAAAAAGCUCAACGAAAAUUGGAAACAGCUGAUGCCAAUUUAAAAAAGUUUCUGUUUUUAUUAUUUAAAAUAAAAAAUGUUCUAAUUGUUUUGUUAACAUUUCAAACACGAUCUGAUCGUUUAACAUUAGCAAGUUUUGAUGAACGUUUACGUGAAUUAGAAGAUAUUCGUUGUGAAUGUGAACAAUUUCGAACAUUAUCACGUGAUAUAUAUGCAACUGAAACAUAUAAAAUAGCUAGUGAAGAACAUUCAAUUACAAUUAAACUUUUUUUAUCAAUAUUUAUACGAAGAAAAUCAAUUUUAUAA